UAAUGCAAAAGAUACCAUAUUUGUAAGCCAUGGUUCACUUGCUCUCAAAGAAGGACUUGAGGUAGAGAACCAAUUAAACUCAGUAUUCUCAUCUAAUAAUGCUAAGCUAAAGGUUAAAAAAGUAAAUGCCGAUAGAGACUGGGAUACAAAUAUUGCUUCGUUGGAGACAAAGUCUACUAAAAGAGAGAUGUUUUUACCUUGCCAUAUCCAAUAAAGAGUAUAAUGGUUAAGGGUUUAGGUGGUAUAAAAAGAUUUGGGAUUAUAUAUCUUACACUGAACUUAAGAUAAAGCCCUAGACCAUCCAGCUCUAUCGACUGAGGCUCCAAUUAAAUCAAAAACAACAUUGAGAGAGCAUAUGUAGAAUUAUGUUUGGCAAAUAUGAUUCCCAAAAAUGUAUAUCAAUGUUACCUUAUCAUUGGACUCAACAGGGAAAUAUACUGGUAUCCCUACAGAUUUUGUAGACGGUUUAUAAAAUACUAUGACAAUCUAUGAAGGAUACCAAAUCGUAAAAGUCUUGAAAAGAUUCUUCUAGCAGCAGAACUCAAGAAAGCAGGAGAAGGAGGCGAGCUAGAAGAGUCAUACGCAUUGCUAGAUGGACGGCUACUCAAGAUCUCCACUCAAAGAUUCCAAUGCCCAGAGUUCUUGUUUCAGCCAGAUUUGGGAGGCAGAGAAUGCAAGAGCGUCCGCCAGUCGACCUACGACUCCAUCAUGACUUAUGAUUUGAAUGUCAGGAAUGCCUUAUACGCUAACAUCAUUCUCUCCCAAGGAACCACCAUGUUCUCAGGACUCGGAGAGAGGCUCUGCAAGGAAAUGAAAAAUUGGCUCCACAGAAAAUGAAGGUCAAGGCCAUUGCGUCCCCAGACAGGAAAUACGCAGUAUGGAGAGGAAGAUCGACUCUGGUGAAGCUAUCUAUAUUAAAGCCCAAUACUAUUAAAAACUCAUCAUG